GUCAAGCAGCUCCAAAAAGCAACCUUUCUUCCAUUUUCGAACUCCAUUGAUCACUUCCCCUCCCCACCAAUAAUGUGAAGAAAAAAAUUAGGAGAAUUGAGAAAACAAAAUGUCUACCAGGAAUGGAGGCAGCGCAUCAAGAGCAGGGGCUACCAAGUUUGAGAAUUAUAGCAAUUCCACUUCUAAGUUCUCUCCAUCUUCAUCUCUCAAGUCGAAGCUGCACCACUCCACCACGGCUGCUUCCAGUCUUCGCCGCGGAAGCCGAGAUUAUUCCACGAUUUCUGGGAGAGUGCGAGUUGCUGUCAGAUUAAGGCCUCGAAAUUCUGAAGAGAUGAUAGCGGAUGCUGAUUUUGCUGACUGUGUUGAAUUGCAACCAGAGUUGAAGCGAUUGAAACUUCAAAAAAACAACUGGGAUUCUGAUACCUAUGAGUUCGAUGAAGUCUUAACAGAGUACGCAUCACAAAAACGUGUAUAUGAAGUUGUGGCAAAGCCAGUAGUUGAGAGUGUUUUAGAUGGUUACAAUGGAACAGUGAUGGCAUAUGGACAGACGGGCACAGGGAAAACCUACACUCUUGGACGACUUGGUGAAGAAGAUGCUGCUGGUCGUGGGAUAAUGUUGAGAGCAAUGGAGGAUAUACUGGAAGAAGUAUCACCUGAAAAUGAUUCAGUUUCUGUUUCUUAUUAUCAGCUUUACAUGGAAACAAUACAGGAUCUUCUUAAUCCAUCUAACGAUAAUAUAACUAUUGUGGAAGACCCGAAAAAUGGAGAUGUUUCUCUUCCUGGUGCAACCUUGGUACAAAUUAGAGACCAUAAAAGUUUUAUGGAACUACUGCAGUUAGGGGAAGCCCAUCGUUUUGCCACAAACACAAAAUUAAAUACAGAGUCCUCUCGUAGCCACGCCAUUCUAAUGAUACAUGUAAAGAGGUCAGUGAAAGGAAAAGAUUCUUCAGUUUCUACUGAAAAUGGUAACAGGACCCCGAUAAGCAAAACAUUGAAGCCUCCCGUUAUACGAAGAAGCAAGCUAGUUAUCGUGGAUCUUGCUGGUUCUGAGCGCAUCGAUAAAUCAGGGAGUGAGGGUCAUACAUUAGAGGAAGCCAAAUAUAUUAAUCUCUCUUUGAGUGCAUUAGGGAAGUGUAUCAAUGCAUUGGCAGAAAAUAGUGCUCAUGUUCCUGUCCGUGAUUCAAAACUCACAAGACUGCUUCGAGAUUCCUUUGGAGGUACAGCUAGAACCUCAUUGGUUAUUACUAUUGGGCCAUCACCACGCCACCGAGGAGAAACAUCUAGCACCAUCUCGUUUGGGCAACGCGCUAUGAAGGUGGAGAAUAUGGUAAAACUCAAAGAGGAAUUUGAUUACAAAAGUUUAUCAAGGAGGCUUGAAAUGCAACUGGACAAGCUAACCGCUGAACAUGAAAGGCAACAAAAAGCAUUUGAUGACGAGAUUGAAAGGAUAACUUUGGAUGGACAGAAACAUAUUGCUGGGGUGGAACAAAAUUAUUCUGAUGCAUUGGAGAAGCAGAAAUUAAAGUGUCAGAAAGACUAUGCUGAGUCUUUAAAGAGGCUUGAGAAACAAUCAGCAGUAAAACAAGAAAAAUACGGCCAGCAAAAAGUUAAUGUUGGUUUAUCAGAUUAUGGCAUUGAUCAAAAAUCAAAGUCACAGCCUCCAGUGUUACCUAGUUCUGAUGAAGUCACAGAGCUUAUGCAAAAGCUUAAAAAUGAAAUUCUUCUACGCAACGCUGCAGAAGCCGAAGUUGAUAACCUGAAUAAGCAAUUGAUUCAGUGGAAAAACAUGGAGGCUGCUAGAAAUUCUGAGAUCUUAAAGCUUGGUAAGAGGCUGGAAGAUGAAGAAUGUGAAAAGGCAAAACUGGAAGAAGAAAUCAAAAUGUUACAGAGUCAACUAUUGCAAAUAAGUUUUGAAGCAGACCAGUCACGAAGAAAUCUUGAUAAAAGAUUGAGUGGUCAAGCAGCAAGCUCUCUUGACUCACUCAUCCCUCAGGCUAAGCAUCAGCAACUGAGAGAGCCUGCUGAUGGAGACAAAGCAUCAGUUGUGAAACUCUUUGAACAAGUGGGGCUGCAUAAAAUAUUGUCAUUACUUCAAUCUGAUGAUGCUGAUGUACGGAUUCAUGCUGUUAAAGUAGUUGCUAAUCUCGCAGCGGAAGAAUCAAAUCAGGAAAAGAUUGUUCAAGCUGGUGGGCUUACAUCCUUACUUGAGCUUCUGAGAAGUUCCAAUGAUGAGACCAUUCAUAGAGUAGCCGCUGGCGCCAUUGCCAAUCUUGCAAUGAAUGAAACCAACCAGGAGCUCAUAAUGGCUCAAGGGGGCAUCAGCUUGUUGUCCCUAAAAGCAACCAAGACAGAGGAUCCUCAAACGCUUCGUAUGGUUGCUGGAGCUAUUGCUAAUCUUUGUGGCAAUGAUAAAUUGCAAGUAAAGCUGAGAGGUGAAGGUGGUAUUAGAGCUUUGGUGGAAAUGGUUAGAUGUAGACAUCCAGAUGUUCUUGCACAAGUAGCUCGUGGGAUGGCGAACUUCGCCAAAUGUGAGUCUAGGGCAUCCACCCAAGGGACUAAGACUGGGCGAUCUGUCCUGAUUGAAGAGGGUGCCCUUCCUUGGAUAGUUCAGAAUGCCAACAACGACGCCUCACCAAUCAGGCGCCACAUCGAGCUAGCCCUUUGCCAUUUAGCUCAACAUGAGGUUAAUGCAAGAGACAUGAUCCAUGUGGGUGCAUUGUGGGAGCUAGUUCGUAUUUCCCGGGAUUGUUCACGAGAGGAUAUAAGGGUUCUUGCGCAACGAACACUAAAGUCUACUUCUGGUUUCCAAGCUGAGCUGAAGAGACUACGAGUCGAUUAUGGCUUAAGUAAUGAAGAAUGCACGUGGUAAUUUUCACUGUAAAGCUUAGAAACUUAGAUUGACGAGAUUGGACUGAAUAUAAUCUGAAGAAAGACCAAAAAAGAAACCAAAAUAAGAUUUUAUAGGUCAUCUUGAUUUUUUUUUCUCUCUGAGAAAUGAAUCUGUUUUUGUAUACAUGUAGUAUUUUUAUGUGAUCAUGAAACUCUUUAUUCUGGCAAAA